CUGAUCUUUUCUCCUUGUUUUAGGUUAUUGACGGAUAUUACAACAAAGUCAAUGAUCCAGCAUCUAAAGGGGGAACCUUCUUUGCAGUGUGUCGAGGGAAGGCCAGCGAGGGUCUGGAUUUUGCAGACACGUUUGGUCGGGGUGUCAUCAUCACCGGCCUUCCCUUCCCUCCAAGGAUGGACCCUCGAGUCAUCCUGAAGAUGCAGUUCUUGGAUGAGAUGAGCCGGAGGAAAGCUCCAGGGGUGAAGUACCUGUCUGGGCAGGAGUGGUACAGACAGCAGGCGUUCAGAGCUGUGAACCAGGCCAUCGGUAGAGUCAUUCGCCAUAAGGAGGACUACGGAGCCAUCUUCCUGUGUGAUCAAAGGUUUAAGAACGCUAAUGCCCAGGCUCAGCUUCCAUCGUGGGUCAGGCCGUAUGUUCGGCGGUAUGAUGGCUUCGGGAACGUGGUCCGUGACGUCUCUCAGUUCUUCAGGGUGGCACAGAAGAUGAGGCCUGUGGUAGAGAAGAAGACUGCUGCAGAGAGCAGUGGGGCGACGACUUUACCAGACUCUCAGUCCUCAAGCUUCACUUCCUGCUCAACCUCCCAAAGAUCCUCCACCCAGAAGGCCAAGGUGUUGGACGCCCACCUUCCCAGCCUGAAGAGGAGGAGGCUCAAUGAGCACACUGGAGCCGGCGGGAUGGCCAGGAUCUGUAUCGAGUAUGAGUGCGAGGUGCAGGAGAGUCAGAGGAGGCCGGCCAACCUGUUGGAUGCUCUGGAACGAGACGACCAUCACGGAGGAGAGGACGGUGAUGCUGUUGUGGGAGAGGAGAAGGCAAACCGUUUGUCCACGCUGUCUCUUCAGUAUGACAAGAGGAUGGAUAAUGAACUGCGAGGAGGAAAGCGUAAAAUCAAGUUGGUCCAAGAGCAGAAAACCAGCGUGUCAGACGAUGUGUCUGAGGAGGGUAAAGCCAGCAGGGCGAAGACGUUCCUGGCAGAGAUGAAGAAGUCACUGAGCCAGGUCAACUUUCAGAGCAUCAUCCAGGCUCUGCAGACCUACAAGAGGACUGACGACCUGGACCUCCUGCUGACUGAGACAGCUGUCUUAGUUGAGGACACUAACAAUCACAGUCUGCUCCGCGGCUUCUACCAGUUUGUUCGUCCACAUCACAAGAAGAGGUUUGACGAGAGAUGCCAGGAGCUGACCGGGCAGGGCUGUGGAUACAAACCUGAUCACUCUCUGUCAAAGGACGAGAAGAAAACGCUGAUGCUGCAGACUGCUACAGAAGGACGGCCCGCUACGGGUCUGACCUCCUCCAGUCGGACGUCUACCUGCAGUCAGCUGAAUACACAGCAGCUCAACAAAGGAGGACACCAUCUAAACCAGCAGGGACUGAGAAAACCUCAGACUGGUUCUGCUCCAAAAACCGAGGUCCACGCCGCUUUCCUGUGUGACGUGAAAAAAGCUCUUGGAGCAGAAAAGUCAGCUCAGCUCUUUCAGACCGUUCACAGCUACAAGAAGACAGACAACUAUGAAAACCUGGUGACCACAGUGGUGAGCUUGUUUACUGAGAGAGAUGAGGACUUCAACCUUCUAGUCAGAUUUGGCAUGUUUAUUCGCCCUCAGCAUAAGAAGCAGUACAAAGAGAUGUUGGAUUCACUGAUAGGUCAGUCGGUGUCUUCUGCUGCUGAUGAUGAUGAUGCUGCUGCUGCUGCUGCUGAUGAUGAUGAUGCUGCUGAUGAUGAUGAUGCUGCUGAUGUUGAUGUUGCUCCUGUAAGUGAAGACCAGCAAAGCAAAGAUUCAUUGUCACCUCCUCUGAGGACACAAAGCAAGAUUUCCAGUUUUUUCUCAAGCAGCCAAAGAAAGUAGAGCCUGAGAAGACGGAUCAAGCCACUUCGAACAGCUCAUGACUGUUACUGCUGAUAAAGCCAUGAAGAGGCGGGAGUCUGCCUGUGUAGGUGUCUGAACCUAGAAGAUGGAUUUGUUGUGGUUGCAGACUGGAUUGAUGAAGCAGAAUUACUGUUGGACUCAAAGCUAAUGAAACUGACAUCUGUCACUACUGACAAUAAUUAACACUACAACAGUAUCCACAACAUGUCCUGUGUUUUUCUCCUUUGACUCAGUGAAGCAGAGUAGAUCACAGAUUUAACCUGAUGUGCUUCAGGACAAGGGCUGUCAGGGAUUCAUAAUGUUACUGUAAGUAAAGCACGGUGCCUGGUCUGUCUCACAUCGAUGUCAUGACAAGUUAAAUGUAAUA